AUGCCACCUUCUUUUAGGGAGACCAUAGCAAUAAAUCAACAUAGCGCCUUUAAGCCAUUAGUGUCUUUGAUGACUAAGGAGGAAUUCAAGGUGAUAAAGUCUGAAGCCCAAUUAAUGGGCUUUAUUCUGGUGCUUGAGGUGAAUGAUAAGUCUGCUAGUCUACCAGGAGUCAUUCCAUUACUGUCUGAAUUUCCAGAUGUGAUAUCUGAUAAGAUACCACCAGGGUUGCCUCCCAUCCAAGAGGGCCACUCCAUCGCCUUUUUCAAUGAGAAGCUCAAUGAUGCUAAGCUUAGGUAUUCUACCUAUGACAAAGAAUUCUAUGCCGUUGUUCGAGCUCUCCAAUAUUAG